UUCUCUCCUGCCUCCCGCCCGCUUCCCCCACCCCCCACCUCCCGCCUCGGCCUCGGCCCCGGCCUUCAGGCCUCCUCCGCUCGUUAAGCUCGGUCUGUGUGCUUGUUGGCGGCCAGGUGGUUCCAUUUAAUCGUUUUUAUUUUAUUUCAUAUUUGUUGUUGUUGUUGUCGUUGCGCGCGCGGCUCAGCCCCUCACUCUGUUGCUGUCGAGACUAUGUGGAAAUUACAGGAUGCCCAGUGGAAAGAAAUUUAAACCCACCAAAUACAUACCGGUGUCCACAGCCGCCGCUUUGCUUGUUGGUGCUACCACCUUAUUCUUCGUCUUCACGUGUCCUUGGCUAACAAAAGAGAUCUCUCCAGCAAUUCCAAUCUACAAUGGACUCCUGUUUCUGUUUGUUUUGGCAAACUUCAGCAUGGCAACAUUUAUGGAUCCUGGAAUAUUUCCACGAGCUCAUGAGGAUGAGGAUAAGGAUGAUGACUUUCGAGCUCCACUCUAUAAGAACGUGGAAAUCAAAGGAAUCCAAGUACGGAUGAAAUGGUGUGCGACAUGUCAUUUUUAUCGGCCACCGCGAUGCUCUCAUUGUAGUGUAUGCGACAAUUGUGUUGAGGAUUUUGAUCAUCACUGUCCAUGGGUAAACAAUUGCAUUGGGCGAAGAAACUACCGCUACUUCUUCCUCUUCCUCCUCUCCCUUAGUACACACAUGAUUGGUGUUUUUACCUUUGGACUGAUUUAUGUAUUAAAACAUAAAGAAGAACUUGCUGCUCCACACACUGCCAUCACCAUGGCUGUUAUGUGUAUAGCAGGUCUUUUCUUCAUCCCUGUCGUAGGUCUGACAGGAUUUCAUAUGGUUUUAGUUGCCAGGGGACGGACAACAAAUGAACAAGUAACUGGUAAAUUUCGAGGUGGUGUAAAUCCAUUCACCCGAGGAUGCUGUGGUAAUGUGGAAUAUGUAUUAUGUAGUCCUUUAGCUCCAAGGUAUGUGGUCGACUAUAAAAAGAAAGAGUUGAUAACAAUAAAAUCUCCUUUCGUCAGACUUCCAUUGUCUGAAAGGCAAGUUGCACUCAAGAUAAAUGACAAUGGAAUUCAGGACAAUCUGAAAAGGACCAAGUCUAAAGGAAGUUUGGAAGCUUUGGAAGUUCCAUCAACAGACAUCGAGCCUCCACUCCCGCCUAAACUUGGUCCAAGCAAAUAUGCAAAUCUUAAGAAUCAACUCACCGCUUCAACUAAUGAAGAUAGUGGUCUCUCAUCCAAGCCCAUCAACCCACCCACUCCUGCCAUGUUUAAGUAUCGACCAACAUUCAGCAGUUCAGAUGCAAACCCCAAAGUCCUCUACCAUGCUGCUAGUGAUAAGAUUUCCACACAAGAGGGACAUAAAGAGGGAGCUAUUAUGGAAGAGUGCAGCAGGGCCCAUGAUUACAGGUCCGAGCCAAAUCUCGAUAUUCCUGACUACAGAUCGCCAUCUCUUCACAAGACGUACCAGUCAUCCCCCUUCCAACUUGAUUCACUCUCUGUUAAUUCUCGUACUCUGAGCCUGAAAUCUGCCCACAGGAGAGGAACAGAUAAGGUUCAGAUACACCAAAUGAAGUCUGAUGGCUCAUCCCCCAAUCCGUACAAAAACAUUUUUGGUCCAAAUUCAUUGUCCAACAGGAAUGGAAGCCUGUCGUAUGAUAGUUUGUUGAAUCCCACCACUACACACCCUGGGGUAGAUACCACUGUACAUACUGGAGUGUCGGCUGUGGGAUACCAUUCACCAUACCUGUCGGCCAAAAUGUGCCAGAUCCGAGGGGUGAAUUUCCAGCGCCAGCCUGUGCAAGGUUACAGUCCCAAUCAUAGAGCCUCACCACCGCACCAACGGGAACCUUCACCUGUCCGAUAUGACAACCUCUCGAAGCAAAUCAUGGCCUCCAUUCAGGAGCGAAAGGCAAUGGAAGAAAGAGGGCAACUCCUUCGACCCUCACCUGAUUCAGUGUUUCUAGAUUCAGGGGCACAUGACACACCUGGGUCAUAUAACCUACAGCAAGUGAACACUUUACCGGAUGACUCGAGAAGGACAACCAUUGGUAAAUAUGGUUCACGAGAUAAUCUUCUGUCUCCUGGCAACUACAGCACAAGGAACCCAGUAAUGCGCACAUCUGCUUCCUCCCUCUCGAGCACGGUGUCAAGGGUGACAAGGACUUCGACAAGUUCCCUUCAUGCAGAUAUAGCAAACAACAAUGUGCAGUCCCACCACACUUUGCAAAGCAGAGCUGUUGAGACUUCAUACAGGUCUCCGGGUCAUCAAAUCACAUCUUCCUCAUUAGUCAGGUCCCCCUCCUAUGGGAGCCAAAAGCCUCUGUCCUUCGUCACUGCUAUGGAAAUGUCAGAAGGUGUGCCUCAGCCUCUGAUUACCCCCUGUGAUGAGGUUCAGAUGAAGGCAGCUCACAGCAAAAUUAAUGGACAGCCAAAACGUUUAUCCAGGAUGGAUAGCCGGAUAAGCUCAACUUCUAGUUCCCAUGGUGCUAUGGUCAGUCCCACCAGGCAGCCCAACGUGAAAAAAGUGUCGGGUGUAGGUGGGACCACCUAUGAGAUCUCGGUGUGAACAGCCAUCAACCACGGCAGCUGUAAAGCUGGAUGCACUGUGAAGACUAUCGCAGCAGCUGUGUGUUAUUUUUUGCCCAACAAGCUGCAGCCUUAUUUCUCUAGAAAUAGUUUUACAACAAAUCAGAAACAUGGUUUCAAUUCAGGGCAGGCCCACUGCAAACGUUUCUUUUGUCAUUUUAUUUUCUC